GUCAGUGGAUAAUCGAAUCUUCUGAGCUACAGGUCUGGCCCCUGACCGACUGGCAACACAUGGCUGGAUUUCUUUUCCUGAAGGGGGGUAGCCCUCGGAUAUGACCCAGGUUCCCGUUGUUUCUUCUGUGGCCUCUCUCUUGGCAAGCCCCCUCUUCAGGACAUACCGCGAGCACGAUGGGCAGUGUGGGAAGUCUUCUAUCUGGGCAUGGGUUCAACAGCAAACAGGGCCGAGGCUCCCAGCAUCGUGGGAGGAAACCUCCACAUUUGAAAAAGUUGAGUCGCUGCUCAGAUGGAAUCCUCAGAUUCGGCUUCUCGCAGGAGUCGGGGCAUGCCAAAGGAGGGGGAUCAAAGAUGGGCAGAAGCGAAGACUUCUUCUACAUCAAAGUCAGCCAGAAAUCGCAUGUAGGUGCCAGACAGGAAUAUCAUGGAGGAGUGACCAGCACCGAGCCAGAGAGCCAGUCCAACCAAGAGUAUCCGGUUCCAACUAGCAAGCCAUGUAACCCACCACCCAGCAUGAUCCACUUCCCAAACAGAUUGGAGCUGGAGAUGAAUGCCCUCCGCCCAUCGCCACUGAAACCUGGCAUGCGCAGGAACUCUGCUGUCACGUGUUAUCCAGCUGCAGAAAGUGGACCACAACUUUCCCUUUACUACCGCCCAGACAGAGCACGUGAAGCAGAAAGCCGUGCGGGGCACUGUGUGGGUGGCAUGUCUGAAUCUGGCAGAAACUCCAUGUCAAGUCUUCCUACCCAUGCCAGCAAGUUGGGUACUGCAUGCCAGCUAGAUGCUCUUCUCAUGCCCACAGGGCGUUUUGGCGGCAGUGCUCACAACAUCACCCAGAGCUCCCGAAGUAACAUGCUGAGUCUUAGGGCUAUGUCCUUGUCUGAUGGUGGGAAUGCAAAUAAGAUUCUCAGUGUGCCUCCUAAGCCAGGUAUAAGAUCUCCCCCAUCCUGUGAAGAGCUGGCAAGAGUUGAGCCUGGUGAGAAGACUGAGGAAGGUCACAGAGGAGGUCCCUCCAGGUCAAGGCAGAGUUCACAGAGAGGCCAAAGAGGGCAGCAUGUUUUACAGAUCCAGGUGGCACAAGAGAGAGAAUCGAUGGAGAGCAAGAUGCGAGGGUACGAGAAGGAGAAGAAAAUUGCCAUAAGCCCGUCAAUUGAUGAUACACAAUGGGAGGUGUGUCAGAAGAAUGGGGAAAUUGCUUCCCUGCGCCAGCAGUUACGGGAGGUUCAGGAGGAGUCCUCUCUACGAGCCAGUGAGAUCCUUAGUUUGAAGGCCCAGCUGCGGGAAACAAAAGGCAGAGCGGAAGCCCAAGAGCAGCGGGCACGAGAGGCUGAGGAGAGGUUACGGGCAGAAGAGGAGGAGAGAGAGGUGAGGGAAGAGACAGCCUCUAGUGAGGCUGAUUUGGAGACACUGAGAACCGAGCUGGAGGCCGAACGGCAGAACAACGAACAAAUGACAGACGUGUUUCAGCGGGAGCGCAAGACGUGGAGAGAUGAAAAGGAGAAGGUUAUCCGCUACCAGCGCCAGCUACAGCAGAAUUACCUGCACAUGUGCCAGAGAUGCCAGGCCCUGGAGCAGAGGCUGCGAGCAUUGAGUGGGGAAGACCUCGAUGACGGGCCUAUCAUCACUAUGCCUGAUAUGGAGCUUUCCUUCCAGGACAUAUUAGCCACAGAGAUCUGACUGGAGAGAGGAGAAGUAUGGGAGGGAGAGUAAGAAUGGGAGAGCAAAUGAGUGUGAGUGUAUAAGUGUAAAAUUUUAUCAGCUACCAACAAAUUGGGGUUAAAUGGAGGGCAGCUGUGUCUGG